AAAAAAAAAAGUAAAGCGGGGAGAUUGAACAUGGACGGUUACUCUCUAUAUAUCUGCCUCGGUAUUCUCGCUCAGAUCCUCCUCUCACGUUCAUCUCCACCAGCUUUGCGUGUUUCCUACAAAAAUAAAAAUCCACGUCACCUCUAUCGUCGCCGGUUUUUCUCUUCGCAAACAAAAAGCGGUGGAGAUCUUAUAAUUCAAUUUGCGCGAUUCGUACAGCUGGAAACGAACUUACGCGCCGUGUUUCGAGCGGUUCUCAAGCUGAUAAAGUGUAUAACUCUUUUCACUCGUAGAAGAUAACUCUGUCUGCUAAAGGUAUCAACCUCUCCGUACUUCUUUGCUAUUCUUUUGUUCAACACUAUAUGUUUGGUCUCUCUUAAAGGAGUACAGUAUCAUCGGAACUUGAAGAUAUGAGUGCUGCGGAACUUGAAGCGGGUGUGUCCCGUGAACCUGACGAAUCAGAGCUGAAUAUUUUCAGUGAUAAUGGUAGUCAAAGUGUUGUCACCCAGCUUCUUGAUCAUAUCAACAGCCACGAGAAGAGUUCCCAACGUAGAGGAGGCUUUAGUGAAAGGUUUCUCAGAUGGAGACGGAGGUAUGUUCCGGUUGGUGGAGAUAACAGACGUGAUCAUGGCUCUCUGAAACAUUCAGGACCCCUUGUUUCUGGAGCAGCUUACUGCAUCUCUUCGUGCAGCAUGAUACUCAUGAACAAAGUUGUUCUCUCCACCUAUAAUUUCAAUGCUGGAAUCUCUUUGAUGUUAUACCAAAACUUAAUCAGCUGUUUGGUGGUAGCUCUACUAAAAUUCUCUGGAGUGGUUUCAGUUGAAAAAUUAAACUGGAAGUUGAUCAGAGUUUGGUUGCCUGUCAAUGUUAUCUUUGUUGGCAUGCUGAUCUCUGGGAUGUACAGUUUGAAAUACAUAAACGUUGCUAUGGUGACUAUUCUGAAGAACGCAACGAAUAUUAUUACAGCCAUAGGGGAAUUAUACAUGUUCCGCAAAAGGCAGAACAACAAAGUUUGGGCUGCAAUGUUCAUGAUGAUCAUCUCAGCAAUCAGUGGAGGCAUCACGGAUCUCACGUUCAAUGCGGUCGGAUACACUUGGCAGACUGCCAACUGCGUUCUAACCGCUAGUUAUUCACUUACUCUGCGUCGAGUCAUGGACAAAGCAAAACAGUCCACAAAAUCAGGGUCCCUCAAUGAGGUGUCAAUGGUGCUGCUUAAUAAUCUCUUGUCACUACCUUUUGGAAUCUUCUUGAUCGUCUUACUUGGUGAAUGGAGAUACGUAAUUAGCACUGAUGUGACAAAAGAUGCAAUGUUUUGGGUAUUCGCAACAGCAAGCGGCUUCCUUGGUCUGGCCAUCAGCUUUACUUCGAUGUGGUUCUUGCAUCAAACCGGACCCACAACAUACAGUCUGGUGGGUUCAUUAAACAAGGUUCCGAUAUCAUUAUCUGGUCUUGUACUCUUUAAUGUCCCUCUUAGUCUCCCAAAUUUGUUCAGCAUACUUUUUGGUUUAUUUGCUGGAGUGGUCUUUGCCAGAGCCAAAAUGUCCUAGUUGUGUUUCCAAGCCGAAGUAUAACUCUCCAGAGGCUGAAGACAACACAAAAACAAAACAAAGAAAACAUAGAAGAACAACUUGAGAGGUUUCUCGAUAUGCAGUUAAUAGUUUCAACUUUGAAAACAAUUUUUUCUUCCAUAUACAAGGUAGAACUUAGGGUUUACCAUUAAUAUAUAGAUAGUAAUUCUAUAUUCCCAAGAGAAUCACACAUUUCACAAUUUUCUAAACGUAAUAAAACCUUGCUGUUUGACUU